CUCAAGCCUGCCGCGCCCGAGUCCGUCCCGGUGUCGCUGUCGCUGCCGCUGCCUUCGCACGUGACCCGCCAGCACCAUAGCCACAGCGUAGACGGCAUGAGCCCGCACGCCAACCCCAACGUCAGCUCCGUCGCCACGCUCGCUGCUAGCAGCGAGAACCCCACGCACCACGUGCGCCGCCUCUCCACGGGCCAGAUCUCGGACGAGGCCGUUCCCAAGGAGCGGAUCGACGUCAUCAACGACUACCUCCAGGAGCGCGUCUCCACUCGCCCGCUAAUCGGUGUCGUGUGCGGAUCCGGCCUCGGCGGCCUCAGCAAGUGCCUCUCCAACCAGGAAGUCAUCAAGUACGAGGACAUCCCGCAGUUCCCGCGCUCCACUGUCGAGGGCCACGCGGGCGAGCUCGUGUUCGGCGACUUGGACGGCAUCCGCGUCGUGUGUAUGCGCGGCCGCUUCCACUGCUACGAGGGCUACGCCAUGCGCGAGACAGCCCUCCCCAUUCGCGUCAUGUACCUCCUCGGCAUCAAGUACUUGCUGGUGACGAACGCCGCGGGCGGCCUGAACUCGGACUUCAAUGUGGGCGACAUGAUGAUCAUGAACGACCACCUGAACAUCCCGGGGCUGUCGGGCCAGCACCCGCUUAUCGGGCCGAACGACUCCCGCUUCGGGCCUCGCUUCACGCCGCUCUCGAAUUGCUACGACAAGAAGCUCCAAGAUCUGGCGCUGAGCGUGGCCGAGAAACUCGGGCUCUCGCAUAAGGUUCGGAAGGGCGUGUACUGCUUCGUCUCCGGGCCGACGUUCGAGACGCCGACGGAGUGCCGCUUCCUGAGACUGGUGGGCGGUGACACCGUUGGCAUGAGCACCGUACCCGAGGUGAUCGUAGCCGCCCACUGCGGGCUGAAGGUCAUCGGCAUGUCCGUGAUUACCAACAAGGCGCUGUUCCCAGGCGAAGAGCGCGAGCCGGCGUCGCACAACGAGGUGCUGGAAACGGUCCAGGCCACGCAGCACGACAUCGAGACGUUCGUGCGGGACCUGAUCGCAGCCGUGGGGAAGCAACACCACUCGUGAGCGAGGACUUGUGCUAAGUUAUAGGUUUGCUAGCUGCGGGCUGGGUGCAAAUAAACGGCGUAGUUGC